GCACGACGUCGCAAUAACGUCAUCGGGCGUCGCGACGACGACGACGCCGUCGUUGUCGCCGCCACUCGCUACGACACGCGUGCAAGCAUCACUGCGAUCAGUCGCAGCAACCGUUUUCUUCUUUUCUUUCUUUCGUAGUGAUCAUCGUAUAUAUCAUCGUUUCCAAACGUGUCUUUGUCACGCUCGCUAAUAGUCGCGAGCGAUCUGCUACCGCAACUUUGUCACGUACGUCCAAUAUCUUUGAAAGACUUCGAAGGAGGACGCCGACGCGAUGAAGGCUAACACGGCGGCGACGAAGAUCCAGGCCAAUUUCCGCGGAUACCGCGUGCGCAAGCAGCUGAAGGAAUCCACGCAGCGCCGUCGUCAACAACAGCAGAAUCAGCAGGACCAGAAGCGGAACCAGCAGCAACAGCAGGAACACAUGAAGCCGAAGGAGCAUUUGCUGAAGAGACAGAGCACUCAGGAGGCGCUCGAAGAGAAAUCGGCGACGAAGAUCCAGGCGGGCAUUCGCGGUUUCCUGGUGCGAAAAAGACAGCAGGCCGUUCAAGCCGCGGCAACGAGGAUCCAAGCCGGCUUCCGUGGCUUCAGGACGCGGAAACUGCUGAAGCAAAAUGGCCAAUAAGCUGUCCCUUCCUGGUGUGAGAGACGACGUGGGACGUUGACGUGUGCAAGAGCAUUUUGCGGAUUUCUUUGUAACUUGGACAAGACCUGCAAUUGGAUCGGAGGCGAGAAAGGAAAUGACAAUUUCAAUUAAGUUGAUUACAUUGUACUCUUUUGAGACACUCCAUUUGUCUUUGAACUGUAACUUUGUUAAUCCUGUUGAAAACUAUCUCGAGAAUUGAUCGAUAAUUAACGGAAUUGCUUUACGACAAUAUUUAUCAUUGUUCUUAUUUUCUUAUUUCGAUUUUUUCCAUGAUGACUUUCAUAUGAGAACGAUGGCAAUAAAUAAUAAUGUCGAAGAAAGAAGUAAUGAUCGAAGAUAUCGCGCCUUGAAGGAAAGCGGUUGAGAUAUAUAUAUAUAUGUAUGUAUGAUAGAAAUUAGUUAAAUAAUUAUAUAAAUCUUUUAA